AUGGUUAAAUAUGUUGUUAUAGUGAACGUCGCCAGUCGUAUGGACACGAAUGGACUGAUCGAUCGGAUCCAUACAACGGAAGAAGUGGGCAAAAUCUUGAUCGAGCUCAAUUUCCCAUAUAAGCCCGUAUGCAGGGGUGCUAUGAAUAUAAAGGGGAAGGGAAUGAUGUCUACUUAUCUCAUCGAUUCAAACCAGAAGGUUAUGAUUGAAGAAUAUUUAGGAUUCUUCUGA